UCUCUCUUGUAAAGCCCCUUUCAAAUCUCUCUCUCGCAACAGUGGUCUUUCUGAGAGGGAGAGAGACACACAGCUCGAAGACGAAGAAAAGAAAAAGAUAUAAAAAAUGGCGGAUUUCAUGACAUCAACUCACCGAGCCAAGUGGAUUUUCACUCCCCAAGAUCUUAAGGAAAAGUACAAAGCAGCAAAUCAAAGAGCCAAACAAGCACUGGAGAAGUAUGGGUCGACAAGGGUUGACGUGAACAUCGAUGGGUCCUUCUCUUACGCUGAACAUCCAAAUGAUGCAAAAGAGAAUGGUGAUAAUCACUCACGUCAGAAGCCACUAAAAGUCGAGGAAGAACAACUGAUGCGGGCAUUCUAUGAGUUCAAAAUCCAAGAUGUGUGUGAUGCUUUUAAGUUUCCACGGAAAAUUCAGGCAACAGCUCUCAUUUACUUCAAAAGAUUUUACUUGCAAUGGUCUGUGAUGGAACAUCAGCCAAAGCACAUCAUGUUGACAUGCAUAUAUGCAGCUUGCAAGGCAGAAGAGAAUCAUGUCUCUGCAGAGGAGCUUGGAAAAGGGAUUGAACAAGACCAUCAGGUGAUCCUUAACAAUGAGAUGCUGGUUCUUCAGAGUCUGGGAUUUGAUCUUAUUGUUUAUGCACCUUACCGUGCACUUGAUGGUUUUCUCAAUGACGUUGAGGAGUUUUGUGGAGCAAAGGAAGAGCAACUUGCGAUGCUAGGGAGUUUGCAUGAAUCAGCAAAGGUAGAAGUGGAUAAAAUUAUGCGUACUGAUGCACCCCUUCUGUUCCCUCCCGGGCAGUUGGCGCUGGCAGCCUUACGCAGGUCCAAUGAGGCAUGUGGAAUUUUCGACUUUGAGAGAUAUCUGAAAAGCGUUUUGUCACGUCAGCAUCCUACCCUUAGUAAUUCAGAUCUUGCUGUUUUCCUAAAUCCUGUUGACUCUUUGGUAAAUAAGCUUGAGACCCCCACUUCCAAAGACGUGAAGCACAUUGACAGGAAACUAAAAUCAUGUCUAGAUCCUGGUUCACAUGACAAGAGUAAGAAACGAAAACACAGAUCCAAAGAGAGCUCGAAUGACAUUCUUGACAUGUGUUGACUCUUGAGGUGCAGAACAGCGUUACUCAAUCUUGUAACUGCAGCAUGUUGCAUCCUGGGUUGAGUGAAAUAAUUCCCAGAUGCUGUUAAGGGAGCAUAGCAUUAGUGAGCAAAUGCAUUUGCGUUAGUUUAGUGAACUGGAUGCAACUUUAGUUGAUGCUGUCUGACCUGAUGCCAAUAUUGAUCGAUGAAAUCAUCCACUGGAAGGGAAACUGUGCUCUCCUUUUUCCUCUGUUCUCAACCCUCGUUGAUAGGAUCUGCUUGAGGUUAUCAUGCCUGAUUUCUUCGUUAUCGCUAUUUGAUUUUUUCAGGAGCUGCUAUACAUAUUUUUUUGAACCUAAGUGGGGUGGCAUUCAAUAAUAAUUCACCCUUAUAUCUCUUUCUCUUGCUGUGUGAGAGAAAUUUUGUUCUAAUCCAGCAAGUUGUCCGAGUGCACAAGAACUCUUUCAUUCUUCUGCAGUAUCAUGGGCUCUCUGUUGGUUGUUGCUUCAGAAAUUUCAUGCUUCCUUAUGUUGUUGGAACUGAAUUUGACUUUUUCGGGGAAUGGAGGAAAGUUCUUUUUCUGUCUGGAUAAAAGCUCUUCUCCAUUCUCUGCGACUCUGAGGUUUACUCUGCAAAUAUUUGAAGUAUGCUUCUAUAAUACACGUCAUUUUGAAAAUGACAA